AUGAGCCCAAGUUACGUACCUGACAAUGUGCGCUACAGACCCCCUGAGCCGACGGUCGAUCGUGCACUUGAACAACUACGUGAAACGCUAUGUGGAGAGCAGGCAGAAAUUCAAAUUGAUAGUGAUAGAGAAAGCGGUGACUCUGACAAUUACGUGGUGGCAAUCGAUACAAUCGGCACGUACACAAUUGAUCAGUUGGAUGCCAUGACGUGGCUGUGGAAUUUUGCAGGCCACUUUGUAUUGUUGCCUGUCAACUUUGAUGGAGUCCACUGGGGCUGUUUGAUGAUCGACGGAACAUCAAAAACGAUGAUGCUGUACGACAGUAUGUAUAUUACCAAAAACGUGAAGCGCCUAAAAGCCAUUACGACUGAGAUGGAAUCAGUAUUGCUGGAGACGUAA